AUGGCCAAGAGCCCUAAGGGCAAGGUCACCACCAGUCGGCGGCCCGCCAGAAAACUGCAGGCCGGCUCCGCGGACAUCGAGGACCUGGCGACCUCCGCGGCCCUGGUGGGCCCCGCCUCGGCGCCGGCCGCGCUGCGUUCCGGGUUGCUCCGGUGGUAUGACGCGCACCGGCGCGACCUUCCGUGGCGAUUCUCCGCUGCGCCGGGCCGCGAGGGCAGGGAAAAGAGGGCGUACGCGGUGUGGGUGUCGGAGGUGAUGCUGCAGCAGACGAGGGUGCCCGUCGUCAUCGACUACUACUCCCGCUGGAUGGAGCGGUGGCCCACCGUGGAGACCCUCGCCGCCGCCACGCAGGAGGAGGUGAAUGAGAUGUGGGCUGGGCUCGGGUACUACAGGAGGGCGCGGUUUCUUCUGGAGGGAGCAAAGCAGAUUGCGGAAAAGGGGGAAUUCCCUAGCACAGCAUCAACACUUCGUCAGGUUCGCGGCAUCGGAGACUACACAGCAGGAGCUAUCGCGUCUAUAGCCUUCAAUGAGGUCACCCCACUUGUCGAUGGAAAUGUUGUACGUGUUAUCAGCAGACUUUUUGCUAUUGCUGAUAACCCAAAGGAAUCGUCAACAAUAAAGAGAUUCUGGGAGCUUGCUGGUCAACUGGUUGAUCCAUCAAGGCCAGGAGACUUCAACCAAGCAAUGAUGGAAUUAGGAGCAACAUUAUGCAGCAAGACCAAGCCUGGUUGCUCAGAGUGCCCUGUCUCUAGCCACUGCCAAGCGCUUGCGCUUUCCCAGGAAAAUCCAUUGGUUGGAGUUACAGACUAUCCACGGGUGGUCCCCAAAGCCAAACCACGUCAUGAUUUCGCUGCUGUUUGUGUUGUUCAAAUUGCACAAGGUUUAGAGCAAGAAAUGGCAGCAAGCCAAUGUAAUCUCUUUCUCUUGAUAAAGAGGCCAGAAGAGGGCCUGCUUGCUGGGCUCUGGGAGUUCCCAUCGGUUCUUGUUGAUGAAAGUAAGACCGAUUCGCUGAACAGGAGAAAAGAGAUGGAUAAUUAUUUAAAGCAGUGGCUUGAUUUAGACGUUAAACGUAAAUAUGAUGUGGUCCUCAGGGAGGAUGUUGGUCAGCAUGUUCACAUUUUCUCCCACGUUCGCUUGAAGAUGCAUGUGGAGCUGAUGGUUCUCAAGAUCCAAGGUGAUGUAGGUCAAGUGUGCAACAAGGGACAAGAUAGCAUGAAACUGAAACUUGUCGAUGAAAAUUCAAUCGAUUCCAUGGGCUUGACAUCUGGAAUUCGGAAGGUUUACAACAUGGUGAAGGCUUUUAAGGAGAAAAAGCUAUUGGAGCAAAGCCAAAUACCCACGAGGAAAAGGAGUAGACGGCAAAAGCAGUAACAUAAGCCUUAGUUAACGUAACUUGUAAAAUUAUUUUGUAUGUACCUAGAUUGCUGAUUAACACAUUAGCAAACCAUUGGUCGUAAUGUCAUUCAGAUUCUAGCAUUCCUUCUGAAAACU